UUCAAACCGGAAGUAAAUAAAUACACGUCAGUGGUGCUGCAAUUUGAUAAUUGACAACCGAUAUUGAAUCAUUCUCUAGAAAGCUUUCAGUCAAGAGCAAGCACAAAUAAUCUGUGAUCCAUCUAUACUAGAUUGAUCAAAAAACCCCAAAAAGACUAAAAAAAUGUGGAAAUCAAAGGAGUUUGGCCUGUCUUUACUGAUCUGCAUCAUGCAUAUCCACUUAGGAGUAGGGUCCUCCUGGAGUAGUGGAGGAGGAGGAGGAGAUGGGGUCUUACUGGCAGAUGUUAAAACCUUGACUUUGUACAAUGGCCAAAUGACAAACGCUCGACGGAGCGCUCCAGUUCCACAGUUAAAGUGUGUAGGAGGGUCUGCUGGGUGUGGUGCCUUUGUUCCACAAGUAGUCCAGUGUACAAACAGAGGUUCAGAUGGGUAUGAUGUUCAGUGGGAGUGUAAGACAGACAUGGACAAUGCCUACAGGUUUGGGAAGGUGGAGGUGUCCUGUGAAGGAUAUGGUUAUCCAGAUGACCCAUACAUACUGCGAGGCUCUUGUGGUCUUGAGUACACCAUCGAUCUGACUGAAGAAGGUCACAACCAAAGAAGAAAUCAACAACAACAUAACUAUGGCAGCCAUUAUGGAGGUCACCAUGACGACUAUCAUGAUAGGUCAUCCUACCAAUCUGGAUACAAUUACAGUAAGGCAAAAUCCAUCCUAGGGGAUUUGAUCAUGCUGUGUGCUGUUGGAGGGGUUGUGUAUAUCAUCUAUAGGACCUGUAUCGUAGGGGGGCCACAGGCAGAAAAUGGACCCCCCAACCAGGACAACCAGUGGGGAAACAGUCAGCCCCCACCCCCAGGGUUCCGACAGGAUUAUAUGCCAGGUGGAGGCUCAUGCUCAGGAUCUUCUUACUACACUGGUGGCAAUACCAACUACGCCCGGCCAGGUAACACAGGAGGUGGCUUCUGGACUGGUGCUGCUACUGGUGGCCUUCUCGGAUACAUGUUUGGUAACAGGGGCAACAACUACUACGGCAGCAGGACAUACUCUCCCUACACUGGCUCCUCCUUCUGGGGUCAAUCACGCACACAUCGUCCUUCUGCAUUCUCAGGGGGAUCCUCAUUCUCAUCAUUUGGAGGGGGUGGAAGUUCAGGUACUAGAACAGCCUCAGGGUUUGGUGGAACCAAACGAAGAUGAUUUUGUCAGAAUCUGCAUUGCCUUGAAGAUAAGAGUGUUAUUGGAGUUGUGAUGCAAUGUUUGAGAUGCAAAAGAUACUAAGAAAUCUGAACACAAUCUGAACACAACUACCCAAAUAUUCUACUGUAUACCUGGCAGCUUUUGCCCUCUGACAAAAAUACCUUUUUUUUUACUCAUUAAAAGUUCAUCAAGAGAAUAUUUGAGUUGUUACAGUAGAGAGUAGUGAAGGCUUCAUUACACUGUUAAAUUCUCUGUUUGCUUAUUGGCAAAAGUUCAGCAAUAACAAAAUGUUGUGGUAUACAGUAUAUAUAUACCAGAUCAUUUUAUCUAUUCCAGACAUCACCAUCAUACUGGCAUCAAAAAUUCACUGAACAUAGUUUUAGCUAUUCAGAAAACAACUUCACUGUAAUGGAAUGUUCAAAACACUCUGAUGAAUCAAAUAAUGAGAUAAAGAAAUAUUCUCCACUCUGACAUGUUUUAUUCUAAUAUUUUACUGCUCUAUUAUAUUGUUUAUUUUUCAUUUAUCUUAAGGAUUUUUCUACUAAAACAGUUAUAAAACUUUCAAUGGUGAUAAAUUAAUUCCUUGAAACCUUGAAGACUGUGAAUGAUAACUAGAGGAAAAACACUGUGUUAUACCAGGUGGACAUGGGGCGUCAUUGUUGUGUGUGGAGUAGAUGGAUUUAAUCCCAAAUAUAUGUAUCAUAAAAAUAUCAGCAAAUUAAACAUAAUAUUUACAUUAUUUAGACAUUUGUAAUAACUAUGAUAAGUAAAACUAAUACAGUUAAGACACAGUCAACUUAAUCAAGUACAUAGACAAAUUUGCCUGUUUUUUCUCCUGUCAUUUAUUGUGUUGCAUGCAAAAAGCAGGCGACAUAUACAGUCAUCACUUUGUCAGCAUCAGUGUUGUGGGAUAACACAAGUUCCCUUGGGCUGAUCAAACUCAAACUUCAUGCAGGACUUCCUUAAUAAAAGUGCUCGCUUUAGAUUGAUUUUCUGGUCCGAACAUCAAAGGCCAAGGUCACUUUCACAAAAAAAAAAGAAAAUUUGUUUAAAUUUGUUUCCAUUUCCAUGCUACAAUCCAAGUUCAAGUGGGCAGUCAAAAUCAAAGUAACCGUUAAUGAAAAUAGAAAAUUUGUUUACUUAUAACGCAAGUUCCUUUGGGCCCAUCAAAUUCAAUGCAGUUUUUCCUUACCACAAGUGCUUGCAUGGGAUUGUUUUUUACUAGUCCAAAUGUCAAAGUCACUGUUACUUUAGAUAGAAUAUCUGUUUCCAUGCAAUAACUCCAGUUCUCUUGGGGCGAUCUAGCACAAACUUCUUGAGGUGCUCAUUUACUCAAAGUUCCUGCUCUGUAUUGCUGAAUUUUUAGCAUAUUUGAGUGAAGCUAUUCUUGCUUACUUUUUACUGUGAUAUUGGUAUUUGUGUGUGCUCAAUGUAAUAUAGUGUGAUAUUAUACCGAGAUGAGGCAAUAUUCAUGUUCAAUAUAUCCGAAGAUAAUAAAAACAUGACUUGAAAUUUCUUGGAAAACCUGUCAGUGUGCAAUUUGCUUAUAAAGUAAGUUCCUUUCUUAAAAAAUGUACGAAAUUCCUAAGUCUAUCAUGAUACAGUUACAGGGUUUCACAUGGCAAACCUGAGAGUUACCUAUGAUGCUGAAAAUUUGUUAAAGCAUAUUAAAGCAGAAAGAUAGUCGGAAUCAUUUGUACUAUAUCAACUGAUGCAAUGGGACGCAAAGAUGAAAUCCAGUUUCUCUGUUUUUUUGUUUUUUUUUAAGUCUUUGGAACUGUUUGUCAAUGUUAUGUUAAGGUUGGUACUAUAAAGGAUGAUAUCCACUGGAAAAAUGAGGUACCUGAUAAUAUAUAUAGAGUCCUAUUUGUAUACUAUGAAAGUAUAUUAUUUAUCAAUGUAAACAGAAUGACACAUUGUUAUUAUUGAUAUGAAAUGAUUUAGGAUCACAGUAAAUUUAGAAAAUGGAGACUGUGAUAAUUCACUAUAUGAUGACAAGAUAUAACAU